UAGAUAUGAGAGCAAGAAUCGAUGGCGGCGUGAGCGUAAAAUGCGAGUGCUUCGUCUUUUUCUAUAAUCUUAUUAGGCCUGCGUUGUCUUGCAAUAUGGCGACCUGUAUACAUUCAGCAGUAAACCAGCAGCCUGGGAAAUAGCUAAAUACAAGAAGCGGAUGAGUGCAAGCACAGGUCUUUUUCAUAAAAAAAGGCACGAGAAAACCGAAAACUAGCUAGAGAUAGCUAGUUAGCUAGAGUUGCCAAUAUGAAGGAGGUACUGGGUUGUGGUAUGCGCUGCUCCGUCGGGUUUCUGUCCCGGAGAAUGAUUACCGGACACCCGCUAAUGAAGGAGGAAUUCCAGAGGCGCAGACUGGCCGGUUGCACUAGCUUGUAUAAAAAGGACAUGUUGGGGCAUUUUGGAUGCGUGAACGCCAUAGAGUUUUCCAACAAUGGUGGGCAAUGGCUGGUGUCUGGUGGUGAUGACCGUCGGGUGUUGCUGUGGCACAUGGAGAAGGCAAUCCACGCACGGGCCAAACCAGUCAAACUCAAGGGGGAGCACCUUUCCAACAUUUUCUGCCUGGCCUUUGACAGCACCAAUAAACGUGUUUUCUCUGGAGGGAAUGAUGAGCAGGUGAUCCUUCAUGAUGUGGAGCGUGGCGAGACGCUGAAUGUGUUCCUCCACGAUGAUGCAGUAUACGGCCUGUCCGUUAGCCCUGUUAAUGAUAACGUUUUCGCCAGCUCCUCUGACGAUGGUCGAGUUCUGAUCUGGGACACACGUGAGCCACCUCAUGGAGAGCCGUUCUGCCUGGCCAACUACCCCUCAGCGUUCCACAGCGUAAUGUUCAACCCCGUGGAGCCUCGCCUACUGGCCACGGCCAACUCCAAGGAGGGUGUGGGCCUCUGGGACAUCCGCAAGCCGCGUAGCUCUCUGCUGCGAUACGGGGGCAGUCUGUCCCUGCAGAGUGCCAUGAGCGUACGCUUUAACAGCGCAGGCACUCAGUUGCUGGCCCUGCGCCGCCGUCUGCCCCCCGUCCUCUACGAGCUGCACUCCCGCCUGCCCAGCUUUCAGUUCGACAACCAGGGCUACUUCAACUCCUGUACCAUGAAGAGCUGCUGCUUCGCUGGUGACAGAGAUCAGUAUAUCCUGUCUGGCUCAGAUGAUUUUAAUCUCUACAUGUGGAGAAUCCCCAAAGACCCUGAAGCAGGAGGUCCGGGUCGUGUGGUGAACGGGGCAUUUAUGGUGUUGAAAGGUCACCGCUCAAUCGUGAACCAGGUCCGAUUCAACCCACACACCUACAUGAUCUGCUCCUCUGGGGUCGAAAAGGUCAUCAAGGUGUGGAGUCCAUACCAGCAGCCGGAGAGCAUGGGCGAUUUGGAGGGCCGCGUGGAGGACAAGUCACGCUCACUGUACACGCAUGAGGAGUACAUCAGUCUGGUGCUGAACAGUGGCAGCGGCCUGUCGCAUGACUACGUCAGCCAGUCCAUGCAGGAGGACCCGCGCAUGAUGGCCUUCUUUGACUCGCUCGUGCGCCGCGAGAUCGAGGGCUGGAGCUCUGACUCGGACAGUGACUUGAGCGAAGGCGCCAUACUGCAGCUGCACACCAGGGGGCGCCGCUCCACACACUCCGGCAGGGACGGGGGCUUGGCGACCCCCGGCCCACCUGCCAACGCCGCAACCGUGCGUCAUAGUGACUCGGACCAUUCAUCCUCCUCGUCCUCGCUGGCUGGGCCCAACGUGUCGGGGACUGAGCGAGCAGACCCAGAUGGCACGGGCUUGCAAAGGAAGAGGGCAGGACCGCGGGCAUCUGCCUUCCUCUUGGACCUUGUGAACGAGGACUCGGACUCCAGCGGGUUCUGGCUGGACCCCAUGCCCAGGCCUCGGUCGCCCAGCCCUCGUGAGAACUCCAGCCUGUCUAGCCAUGCCUCCUCUGUGGGUAGAGCCUCCAGCUCGAGCUCCUCCCCCAGCUCUUCCUCCAGCUCCUCUUCCAGUAGUGAGGGAGAGGAAGCGGAGCUCCGGAGGAGCAGCAUGCGGCAGCGUAAUGCUGCCCGAAGAAGGCGGCAUAUGCGUUUGUCUGACAGGGAUUCUGCCCAGUCACUGCAGACUGCGACAGAUUACAGCAGUUACCCCAAAAUCUCCAUCCAUGACCCUUCAUCAAUGUCCUCCUCCUCAGGGGACGAGGGCCGACCAGUCAGGAGCAGUGGCAAAGAUAGAGGUCAUGGCCCCAGGUCUAGUCCCGCCCUCUCUCCAGACCGACAGGCAGAGGCUCAGUUUAGGGUUAGAGGUCACUUCACAUCUUCGGGUUUUGAAGAUGUGGAGAGGGUAGAGUCGAGGCUUGGCUUCAGGGCAGAACUCGCAGAGGAGCAAGAAAGGGAGAAGAGCAGUGAGGAUGACUUGUCCAUGGUGCACAGCGGUAGAGAGGAGUUUGAUCUAACACCAAGCAGCAGGAUCCCCUCUGGUUCGGGGGUCAACGGCAGCACCCGUGCCUAUGAUGAGAACUGUAUAGACUCAACUCCCCCAGGAAGCUCUGGGGCGGAGCCAGAGACAGAGCUUGGUGCAGCUGCAGCGGGCUCUUGGACCCAGGGGGAGCCCCGCGUCAGAGAACGGACCUCUGCUGCUGGUAAGCGGACACAUUUGGGAUCGGGAGAAGAGGAAGAUCCUCCAUCAGAGAAGAAGCUUAAGACAUGAUGCAAAAACGGACUGACUGGCUUUCUGAUUGGGUGAUGGCUGAACUUUGGAGUGGGUCAUUGGUUCAUUUUUGGGCUUUUUCCAAUCUGCCAUGUGUGUUUGUGUUGUUUUUUUUAAACCAAGGCCUCAUUGGACAGUGUAUAAAUAUACAAGCUUGCUCACACACUCAGUCCCUUUCGCAGUCUGUAUCUUGAUUUAGGGAUGCACCAGUAUACAUUUUGAACAUUUGAUAUUUUGUUUGUAUCUGCUGAUGCCAAUAUUGAUUCCCAUAUUCCAUAUGAGCUUAAAUAUGAACAGUAAUAAACUAAACAGCUGUGGCAUAUUUCUGGUGAAAAUAAGCCUUUUCGCUGCUGUAACAGCCUCAGAAAAGUGUUUUUUUUUUUUUAUACUAGUGUUUUUGUAUACUAGGCCAACUGCAACACUAAAUCGUGGUCACUACCAAAUUAUCAUUAUAUGAUUAUAUGCAAAUGUUUCAAUAUCUUAAUGUUAUUGUGCGUCCCUGCUCACAAGUAUUCUCUCGUUCUCUCUUGCGCUCUCUCUCACCAAGUCAUUAAUGUAUCUGAGGUCUUUGGGCGAUGUCAUCUUCUCUGGAGUCAAACCCCAGUGAUGACACUAAAGAAAUAAAAAUAUUAACAAUGUUAAUAUUGUCAAACCUUUAAAAAAAAUCUGUCAUGGCACAUUUGCUUUCAGUUUUUGCCAUUUUUAGUUGUAGGAGCAACUUGUAAGUUAGGUUUUAGGGUUCCUGGUUUGUCUUGCAGUCUGAUUUCUUUGCGCCUCUACACAGAGGACUCCCGCGUGGGCAGCCGUCAUAUGGGGCGAUUCCUGUGCAGACGGUGCACUUUGCCUGGGGCCAGAGGCAUUGUUGUUUUGUAGGGACAGGACAGUGCAAAGACAUUGUUUCCAUGGUAACUCCAUUGACCAGUGGCUGCAAAUCCAUUAAAGUUUGCAUUUUAGUGUUCCUACGA